CCGCCCCUCUGUCCCCGCCCCUGCAGUGGAAGCCUCCGUGAAGCGGACAGAGACGGAGAACAGAGCCCCUGAAGCUGGGUGGUGAAGCCAGGCCGAGACCCCGCACGAGCACCGCAGCGCCGACAGCAAACCCCCCCCCCUUUCUGGUUCUCCUCGACUCAGCUCGGCGGCCCUAGCGACUCCCCUCCUGCUCCUCCAACCUCCUUUUUCCGCCGCGCCUGGAUUUCAUCAUCCGACCUGCAAGAUGGGAAAUGAAGCCAGUUACCCCCUGGAGAUGUGCUCGCAUUUCGAUGCUGAUGAGAUUAAGAGGCUAGGGAAGAGGUUUAAGAAACUCGACCUAGAUAACUCUGGCUCACUCAGCGUGGAGGAGUUCAUGUCGCUGCCGGAGCUGCAACAGAACCCGCUGGUGCAGAGGGUUAUCGACAUAUUUGACACGGACGGGAACGGAGAGGUGGACUUUAAAGAGUUCAUCGAGGGAGUCUCACAGUUCAGCGUCAAGGGCGACAAGGAGCAGAAGCUUCGGUUUGCUUUUAGGAUCUACGACAUGGACAAGGACGGCUACAUCUCCAACGGUGAGCUGUUCCAGGUGCUCAAGAUGAUGGUAGGCAACAACCUGAAGGACACGCAGCUCCAGCAGAUCGUGGACAAGACCAUUAUAAACGCAGACAAGGACGGAGACGGCAGGAUAUCCUUCGAAGAGUUCUGUGCAGUGGUCGGCGGUCUCGAUAUACACAAAAAGAUGGUGGUGGACGUGUGAGCACCCCUCCGCUCGCUGGAUCCCGCCCCACCCCCCUUCCUCCUCAACACUCGCUUUCUCCACCAUCUCUGAAGAUCUGCUCAAGACGUCCGGCAAAACGCUCACUAUGUAACUCAAUGGAAGUAUUCUCUCUCUCUCUCUCUCUCUCUCUCUCUCUCUCUCUCACACACACACACACUCUCUCUCUGUGUCUCUCUCUCUCUCUCUCUGUGAAGCCACUUUUUUCUUUCACAGGCCUCGAUAAGCCAACUCUGAAGUGUUAUUGAGCUGUAAAUCCUCUCGAUUACCCGGUCGUAGCACGAGAUUGAAGGACAUCGAUCUGACAUUUGUUAGAGCAUCUCCGACUUUUGGAUGAGGGGGGGAGAAAGGGGGGCUCAGAGAGGAGGCUGCUUGGCUUGUUCAUAUUUCAUCCUUUUUUCUUUUUUUUUUUUUUAUUGUUGUUUUUGAUUUAUUUUUUGUUCUUGUCUUUUAUAAAGAAGAAAAAAAAAAUACAAGUAUAUCUACGGUUGUCUCGUGAGGGGAAGUGUGUAGUAUAUGAACACUUGACUUACAGUACAACUAGACAGUAGGGUAUGAAGUGCCAACCAGAACAUAUCCAGAAACCAAGUUAUUACCCAUCAUCACCACUGUCAUUCAUGCCGGACAAAGUGGCUCGCGACACUUCGAACUGCACAAGUUUUAGAUGCAAAACAACAUUUCAGUUGCGUCUUCUUUUUUUUUUGUUGCUCUCCUCAAUUUCAGCUUAACACACGAGCUGUUAACGACUACACCGGUUAAGCUUCCAGUCGCUCUUCGCAAAAGCAGGUUUUUUUUUCUUUUGUAAUAAGAUUAGCUAGUUUUAUUUAUACGUACGAUUGUGUUUGUAUUGUUGGGAGAUUAUCUUUGUUUCUUGUCAUGAUAAUAAAUAAAAAUAAAAUGCCAAGACAGCGUCUUUUUCAAAACAAUCUGUGGCUGCAGAGCGAUACUUGGUUUACUCUCGAUGAAGUAUUGUGCGUUUCUCCAACGCUUCGUGGAAAUCGUUAAAAAUUUCAAGACAUUUUUUGGGACAGCGGCUGGAUGGACUUGGCUGAAAACUGAGAGGACUAGUUCAAGAGUGAGAUUUUACAUUGUUUGUGCAAGUAUAUAGCAUUUUAAGAGACUUAUCUGCAGGCAGCGUUUUUUAACCAGUAUGUGUAUAUUAGGUAAUCAAUGUGCUCGUCAUCUUUAACAGCGACAGGAGAAGGCAGCUUUGCCUCAGCUUAACGUGAGCCCUUCUGAAAUACUUACCUUUCUCAGCAACGCGCAGGACGGCUCGGUUUCUCAAACGCAAAACACUUAAAAUCUUAACUUGUUGGCAUGAUCAGUGUGCAAUGGGAUAGACUGUACAUUGUAGUUAGGUUCUUUUUUUUUUUCUUUUUGAACGUGUACAUUUCAAAAGUUGGCUUCUUCUCCCACUUUUUUUUUUUGUUUCUGUCACGAUCACCUCAUUUCUCCCCCUUCCACCCACUUCUACAAACAGGGAGAAAAACAAAUUUUAACCAAAAUUUUAAUUUCUAAGGGAAAAAUGCUUCCUACUAUGAAUGGCGUUGGGAUGGCUUUUUUUGCGUUUGGCUUUGGAGGCCGCCCGCCGGUUCGAACAGGGGUUUUCAGUCAGAGAUGUGAAUCUGGAGUGCUCUGUUGUCCCUUAUCCCAAAGCUCUGCACGGCUUGGGCCUCCCUGUGCUUGCAUGACAUGGAAAUAUAUUUUUUGUUGUGCAUGUAGAUCAAUUUUUUGAAAUAAUCCUCUUGUUUACACAUGGAUGGUGAUGUUAAUAUAUUUAAGAAUUUAAUGGUAUACAAUAUGGAUGUUGCCAAACUUUGGUAAAUGUACACAUAUUAUGAGAGGUAAUCCAAAUGAACUGAACUACAUGUAACUUUUUGUAUUUUUACCCGGGUCAGUGAGAUGCUUCUAUUCCAGUGAAGGUUGCACAUCUGAUCCUGUCUCAAACUGCCACGCACUGUACUCAGCUUAAAGGGGAAAAUUUUAUGUUUUUUUUGUUUCUUUCUUUUGUAUAUAAGUAUUUGUUAAAUGCAGUUCUGGCUCUCUGUUCUCUGUAUAGUUCAGACCGCGCUUUAGUUUGUAAGUGCUACUUUUUUCUCUGAUGGACUUUGGGUUCUUUUUAGUUUGUGUGGGGAUAUCUGAAAAGAUUUAAGUUUGAGAACCUUUUUUUCCCUUUUUCUGCAUGCUGCAUCUUAUGCUGUGGGACUGUUGGAAACUUGAUACUGUAUGAAAAUUAAAUAAAAUUUAAAUAAACUUUGAAAUGUUGAAAGUAA